AUGAAUUAUUCACCAGAUUGGUCUGCAGAAGAAGUUGCAGAUUUUUUGGAAACGCUUGGUCUUGGUAGUUACCACGAUGUUUUUAUUGAAAAUGAUAUUUGUGGCGAGUGCCUUCCGUUAUUAACAGAAGAGCACCUUAAAGAGCUUCAAUUAAAGAGUAUUGGACAUCGUAUUACUUUCAUGCAAUAUCUCCAAUCAAUUAAAAAGCCAGCUAAAUCUCCGAUCAGAAAAUCUACUCCUAAAGAAAUUCCAAAUGAUGAUUAUCCUCCACCAAAACGCUCCGUUUCAAGACAAAACGAUUAUAACGAUUAUCCAAAUUUGCGUGGUUCACAACAAAAUGAUGAUUAUCAAGAUCGAUCAUCAAAAUCACAAACCCCUACAAAUGAUGAAGAUGACGACGAUUCAUCUCGUGCCUCAAGCUGGGAGAAGAAACGUCGCGCAGCAGUCAUGAAGCGAAUGAACGAAGACAAAGGCAAACGUCAUAUACAACAGCCAGAAAUGAACUUUGGCACAAAUGAUGACAAUGGCGGAUUGUUUGGAGCUCCACCGCCAGUCAAAGGCAAAAAGCAAACAGAUUAUGGCGAUGAUGAAGAAGAUAAACAACCAUUUAAGGCAAAUCCAAAUCCAUUCUUGCGAGAAGAUGCCGAUCUUGAUUACCCACCACCUAAACCAAAGCCUAAACCCGUUAAAAAGGUUUCAAAUCCACCAAGACAACCAAAAAGACCUGAACCGGAACCGGAACCAGAGCCAGAGCCAGAACCUUCUUUCCCUCAAAACAAUGAUCGUGAUGAUGAUUACUUUGCCCAAUUUGGUGAAGAUGACGUUCCACCCAUGGGAGGAAGCAAACUUGGAGGACAAUCUCAAAAACCUGCUCAAAAACAGAGUUCUUACGAGCCACCAGCACGUUCAUCAGCUCCUCCACCACCAUCAGAAGACGAUCCCAACGACAACAGAGUUGAAUGUCUAAUCUGCCAUCGUAAAUUUGCAGAAGAUAGAAUCGAUAGGCACAUGCAAGCUUGCAAGACAUCAAACUCUCGCAAGAAGAAAGUGUUCGAUUCCGCAAAGAUGAGAAAUGCAGAUAACGAUGCAAUGCAAUAUCAAGGAAGAUCUGAAACUCCGCCGAAAGUUAAGAAAUCCAACUACAAAGAGCAGCAUGAACAACUUGUUGCCAAUCUCAAGGCUGCAAGAGCUGCAACAGAAUACGAAAAGGCCAAAGCUGAAGGAAAAGCUGUUGGUCCGCCACCGAAGAUGCCAGAAUACAAGUUACCAGAUGAUGAUAGAGUUGAGUGUCCUUAUUGCGGUAGAAAAUUCGGUAGCAAUGCUGCUCAAAGACACAUUCCAUUCUGUGAGAAAUCUCAUGCAGGUAAGAAGCUUAAUGAUAAAGGAGGAAAGCCCGGAACAACAAAGAAGGGUGGCCGUUGGUAG